AUGAAUCUAGAUCGCAUAAUACGCGUAACUAGUUUUUAUUUAUUUCUAACCGGAUACCAUAUACGUUGGUACGAUCGUAAAUCGUUACAUUAUCGUUUACAAAUAUGUGGAAUUGUUUAUUUUCUCAUCCUGUUCCUUUUGUAUCUCAUCUGCUUCUGUCAUCAUUUUGAGAGCUCGUCCAUGUUGAAAUUGUUAUUGGAUAUGUCACCAUUUUUAAAGGACCUAGUACGUUUACAAGUAUUGUUGGGCCUUAAAGCUUUCGUAUUUUGUAUGAUUGAAUGGAAAAAUUUAACCAAAAUAUCGAAUGACUUAGUACGCAUUCUCACGGAAACUUUAAAACGUCAAGAUUCAUUUGAUAUGUGGGAAGCUAGUAUCUACCUGAUGUUUUUCUCUACCCUCAUGGUGGCCUUCACGUUUGGUUUGUAUAUAGCAAUCGAGCUUAAAUUUGAGUUACCGCCUUUGGAUCAUAUAAUGAUAGGCUUGGGUUUAUUUAUACCUCACUUGACUGUGGCUGGUUGUUUGCGUCUAUAUACUUUGGGCUUAUGUUCCAUUAAACGAGAAUUGGUUAUUAUGCGGUCAAUUUUAGAAGAACACGAUGACGAUAUCAUUUCCAAAAACUUACAAUCGAAUGUAGUGGUUGAAAUUGUUAAUCCGGUUUUAAAUCAAAAUUCAAAUGAUUUCACAUUAUUUUAUGCGAAUAUCUCCAAACGUUUAGAUUUUAUAGCACAUUAUUUGAAACUGUUCGAUUCAGUUUUACAACGUCAAUUGGGUGUAUUAGUAGGUCUGAAUUUUAACUGUUUAUUGGCCGGUGUUUAUGGUCGCGUGUAUUUUGAAAAUUCUUGGAAUGUUUUAUUUACAAAUCGAAAUCGUAGAAUUUUUUAUGCCAGCAAUAGCGCCAUAUUUGUUUGUAUUCUGUUGGACUAUGCGAUUUUGUUAAUAACGAGAUGGAAUUUUGUCAGAGCGAAACAAAAUCUUUACGAAAUAAUAGUGGCACGAUUAUUUGAAAAGAAGCGUCUUGUAGUUGAAAUAAAGUCAAUUUUAAAACAUAUUAAACAUAAGUUAUCAAAAGACUUCAAAUUAAAACUAUUUGGUUUAGUGGAAUUUAAUACAUGGAAUUUUUUAAUGCUUCAAGGUUUAAUGAUUUCAAUAAUUGCUUUAAUUAUAUCCCAUCAAUAUUUAAACGAUCAAAUUAAAACACUUACUGAACGAUUAGAUAUUAAUGAGUCUGAAUAAAUAAAUACAAAU